GAGAAACAUUCAACAAAGUUCAAAAAAGAUGGUAGUCCUUAUGGUUCUCCUAAAGGUGGCACUUCACUGGCUCUUGUCAUUCUACAAGGCAGUUAGAAAGCUUAAAACCUAUGGCUUCCUCCACAAAGUCCCCCAAAAAUCCACCUCAAAUUUGUCCAAGUGUACUACUAAAUUCCAAGGGAGUGCACCCCAAUCCUUGGCCUCUAAUUUCUAUGGCACCCUCCUUAGACCAACCCCUUCUCAUUUCUUUCCGUACUUCAUGUUAGUAGCCUUCGAAGGUGGUAGCCUACUUAGAGCUCUACUACUUUUACUAACAUCUCCACUGUUAUGGGCUUUUGGUUGGCGAAGUGAAGUUAGUCUUAGAAUUAUGGUGUUUGUUACAUUUUGUGGGCUUAAGACCAAGGACGUGGAGUUGGUUAGUAGGGCGGUUUUGCCUAAGUUUUUUCUUGAGAAUUUGCACCUUCAAGGUUGGGAAGUGGUUGAUUUGGUUAAAGGGAGGAGGGUUUUAUUUUGCGGUUUGCCUAGAGUUAUGUUUGAGGGGUUCGCUAAAGAGUACUUGGGAGUUAGUGAGGUAUUAAGUACGGAGUUACAAGUUGUUAAGGGGAGUAAUUACUUUAGUGGGUUUGUUUGUUGCUCAGGGCUUGAUUUGAAGCACAAGGGUUUAAGGAUGAAGGAGGUUUUUGAGGAGGAAAAGGCUGAUGUGGGGCUUGUGAGCUCUUACUACAACACUCAUGACCAUCUCUUGCUAUCUCAUUGCAAGGAAGCCUACAUUAUAAGCAACACCAACACCACAUCAACAAUGCCAAGGGACAAAUACCCAAAACCUCUAGUCUUCCAUGAUAGUAGACUAGCCUUCCUCCCAACUCCUCUCUCCACUCUCUCCCUCUUCCUCUUCCUCCCAUUCUCCAUCCCCCUCUCCAUCGCCCGCAUCGCCCUCGGUAUCCUCCCCCCUUACAAAAUCAUGUUCCUCCUUGGCGCCCUCACCGGUGUCCACUUCCGCCUCCACCACCACUCAAAAAACACCAACACAAAAACUGCCGAUAAAACCCAUGAUAAAAAAGGCAUCGUCUAUGUGUGCACUCACCGUACCCUGCUUGACCCUGUCAUGCUCGCCACGGCGCUGCAACGGCCCGUCCCUGCAGUGACGUACAGCCUCAGCCCGAUAUCUGAGGCCAUAGCACCCAUGCGCACGGUGAGGCUCACAAGAAAUCGAGAAUCUGACUCAGAUACCAUGUUGAAAUUACUGUCACAGGGUGACUUGACAAUUUGUCCUGAAGGGACAACUUGCCGUGAACCCUAUUUGUUAAGGUUUAGUCCCUUGUUUGCUGAGCUGGCGGAUCAUAUUGUGCCUGUGGCUAUGGAUGCAAAGGGAAGCUGGUUUUACGGGACUACUGCUAGCGGGCAUAAAGGGUUGGAUCCGUUAUAUUUCUUUAUGAACCCGAUACCAUCUUAUCGGGUUGAGUUGUUGGAGCAGGUGCCGAGGGAGAUGACAUGUGCCGGCGGGUUGAGCGGGUCGGAGGUGGCUAACUUGAUCCAGAAGCAGUUGGGGGAUUCAUUGGGGUUUGAGUGUACUGGAUUGACAAGAAGGGAUAAGUACAUGAUGUUGGCAGGCAACGAAGGGAUAGUGAAAAAAACAAAGGAGUCCAAGUGAAGGACGUAUAUUAUGCGUCGCUGAGUUAACUAAGUUUUAUGGUGGGAAUAAACACAAAAGUGCUGUUGUUACCUUUGUUUGUAAAUUACGAAAGGAAAGUGCGCUAUAUGUGUUUCUAGUAUUAUUCUUUGGAUGUUUGAUAUCCAUUACGAUUGUUGUAGAUUUUGGAAGUGUGCUUUAGUUUGUUUUGUAACCUGUAUCUUUGUAGACUGUCUUUGGGAUAUUUAUGGGUCAAAAUGUUAAUAUAGCUAAAACAUUUCCCA